GAAGACGAAGGGGCGUGGCCAUGACGUCGACGGAGAAGAAGACGACGACGACGUCGCCGCCGGUAAUCGCCAUUUUGUUGUUGAACAGGAAUACGUCGAAAUAUCCCAGAAGAACUAACAAGCGUAAGAAAAAAAAGGUGAGCCAAGAUGGGGAGUUUCCUUUCCGCGUUCAAAGGAUUGUUUGGCAAGAAAGAGAUGAGGAUCCUGAUGGUCGGGUUGGAUGCCGCUGGAAAGACCACCAUCCUGUACAAGCUCAAACUGGGUGAAAUUGUGACCACAAUCCCCACCAUCGGUUUUAAUGUUGAGACGGUAGAAUACAAGAACAUCAGUUUUACAGUGUGGGAUGUUGGUGGUCAGGACAAAAUCCGGCCACUCUGGAGGCAUUACUUCCAAAACACACAAGGCCUCAUCUUCGUAGUCGACAGUAAUGACAGGGAGCGAAUCUCUGAGGCGAAGGAUGAGCUGAUGCGAAUGUUGGCUGAGGACGAGCUGAGGGAUGCCGUGCUGCUUGUGUUCGCCAACAAACAGGACCUGCCCAAUGCCCUGAAUGGAGCUGAGAUCACAGAAAAGCUGCAACUGCACAGCCUGCACAACCGGACCUGGUACAUCCAGUCCACGUGCGCCACGAGUGGAGAUGGUCUCUACGAGGGUCUGGACUGGCUGUCAAGCCAGCUAAAAAACGCAAAAUGAUCUAUCACCCCCGCCCUCUCCUCUCCUCCUGUCUGUCAUCUCUGUAAAGGGAGACCACACUGGUGCUGGUCUCACUUGCUCCCCCCUCCCCCACGCCCCUUGUCUCUCCUCCUGAAGAGUCAGGAAGAAUGUGUGUUUGUAUGUGUGCGUAGAGUGGGAGCAGCUCUGCUGUGCCUUGAACUCGGUUAACUCUCCAACACCUCCUUCCUGCAGCGUCAGCACACCCAAAGGUACUGUUUUUUAACCAACACAAAGGACAACAGGAUGUUGAGUCUUGGAUGUCAUCUGACAAAAAUAUAUAAAAAAAAAAAAAAACCACAUCUACUAGUGGCAUUAAGACCGUAUUGAUAAUAGGACAAAAGGCAAUAAAUGUUUUCAUGGCGUGUAUUGAGUGUAGAUACAAUGUCACUGGUGGAUGUGUGUGUGUCCUCUGGUUGAGCUACAUUCAGUCCUUUGGAUCAAUCAGGCCGUUUUGUUUUUCUUCUUCUUCUUUUUUUAAGAGUUGCUCCCACUCUGGAUUUUUAUUUACUUGUAGUCUUAUAUUCUAUUGUAUCUGGUUAUUUUGAUUAGGGUCUGUUUUCUAUUUUAAUUAGUUUUUUUGGCUGGUUUUGUUCUAAGUUGUUGUUGGUGCACGCAUGACCUGGUCUACUUUUAGCAUGAGCUGACUUGCCAGGUUUGUCGUCGUGUUUUGAGUAAAAUGCUCUCGGGACCAAGUGUUUGGAUUCAGGUUUGGCUCUUGUGAUUGGAAGUUUGGAUUGUCCUCCAGAGUGUGAAGUCGCACGCAUGCUCUUGGUCAAAUUGAAUUGGAGAGCUUGCUCCGACCUGCUUUAUAAAAUCGGCACUGUAAAUUGCCUCUUCAAUGCUUCAGGCAAUGUAUACAGGGCACUUCCCUCCUAUUGUUAUUUACAUUAUGUCCCUCUGAUGCCGUUUGCACAUCCCCAUCAGCUUGCACAACACGGGCCGGUGUGAAUUCAGGAGUUUAUCCAUCAGCCUUUGUAAUCAACCCGUAGACAACUAGAAGGGCGCAUACCUCCGCCAAGGCUAACGCCCUAUCUCACCAUGUUAAAGAAAGUAUGUGGGUGUGUGUGUGUGGGGGGGGGGGGGGGGGGGGGGGGGGGGGGGGUCCUGGAUCCAUCCCUUUAUCCUUAUCUGCUCCAAAAUGUCAUGGGUCCUUCCUCAGGUCACGGCCCACCGUUCCACAAAAUUUCUUCGGAAAUCAGUUUAGCGGUUUUCGGUGAUCCUGCUGAUAGACAGACAAACACACGGCAAUGACAACAUCACUUAUGACCCUCCCCACUCUACACCAGCAGACGGUUAAAAUGUACAUGUGAAAAUGUUACAGCAGUUCAACCAGUGAUGGUUUGCCAUUGAUCCCAAAUGCUCCUGCACUGAAUUUAAAAUAAAAAAACAAUCUCGAACAGUGCACACCUGUUACUGAGUGAAGACGACUCUAAGGUCAUAAUAUCACACUGGCCUCCUAAAGGGAAAUUAAUUUUCCCCAUUCUUGUUUUUCUUCAACUGGAUGUUUUCUUGGUCAUUUUGUGUAACUGAAUGACUAAUUUAUUUUUUUGUUAUUUCCUAUAAACAUCAGUAGUUGCGUUACAUAAUCUGGUACACAGCAAGAAAUACAAAUGUAUAUACUAUUCUGUAAGAAAAUGUAUUUUAACUCGACUUCAUCCACCCACUCUGAAGCUUUAAUUUUUCAAGACAGUUUCUGUACAAAUGUAUUUCUGAAGUAUCUUUUUUGCCUUCUUUUUUUUUUUUUAACUCAUCCUGUACCAGCUGAUAAAAAUGCACUAUAAUAAAGAGAACUCUAUUGUA